UCUAUUGCGUCUGGUGGUAUUUUAGUGGAUGUCUACGGGAAUGGUUUCAAACUGCUUCAACGACCGCAUAUGGUUGUGAUGGAUGAGGAUCGUGCAGUUAAAGGACCGAAAUGCACAAUUGAACGUGACGAUCUCAUGCACUGCUUCACUCCCGACCUCAUGAUACCGCAUGACAGACGUAAUCACCCAACAAUUGAACACCCUUUGCUACUUGAUUAUGGAUUCGAAAUGGAUGGUGUACGUCCUGGCAAUAUCUCUCAGUUGAGUGGUUUCAAUCGCAUGGAAAUUUUCCCGGACCCGAUCGUUGAGCGUUUCGUCGACGGUCGUUCGUAUCGUUCCGGUGAUUAUUUGACCAUAAACGGUAAAUACCUGGAUGCGGCCGCAAGUGAACGAGAUGUUCAAGUGAAGAUCGGUGAUGAGCUGUGCAAUCUGACGGCGUUAGCGAAUCGUGCUCUCACCUGUCUACCACCCGAUCCUACGAUAUCCAAUCAACUGCAAUACAACGAUAAACCACGUGUUAUUGUCAAAAUUGGUGGCAUGAAUUAUGAUGUUGGUGAACUGGUAUAUAAUUCAAAAGAAUCCGAUAUAUCGCCCCAAGUGCUCGUCGCCAUAUCAGUUGCUAUCCUUGGAUUUCAUGAAGAUGAUUAUCAGAAAUGUGCAUUGUUAAUCCGUGAUGCGCGCUCGAAAUUGAAUAUGAUAUUGUUGCGAUUGGAGGGUGUUGAUAUGGAAUGUGCACGAGCAAAACAGCAAAAUCGAUGUUAUGAAUAA